UCGGCGCAUUAUUUUCUUCUUCCAUGUGACUCCUCUCCUCAUUUCAUUCUCUCUCUCUCUCUCUCUCUUCACCAUCACACACACAUUGCCAUGGAAUCAAAGCUACUCUUAAUUCCCAUCCUCGCUCUCCUCUUCACUCUGUCCUCCGCAAUGGCGGAGGCGGACGGCGGCCUCCAAUUGAGGAACGAAACCCUAGAAUUCCAGCUGGAAUCGCCGUUCGAGUUCGAGGAGGAAGAAGAAACCGGAGAGCGUAGAUCUCUGUACUGGCACGCGAAGAAGUACUACAUUUCCUAUGGCGCGCUGUCGGCGAAUCGAGUGCCGUGCCCGCCGCGCUCCGGCAGAUCGUACUACACUCACAACUGCUUCAGAGCCCGUGGCCCCGUCCAUCCCUACACCAGAGGCUGCUCCGCCAUCACCAGAUGCAGGAGAUGAGCUGCUCACUGCAUUCGAUCCUCAAUUUUCCUUUUCAUUAAUGCGAUGAAUUGUUCAAUUACUGCUUGCUUUCGUUUGCUUUUCAUUUUUCUAGAUCUGAGUGUUUGUCUACGUUUAUUAUUUUUUUUUUAUUGUCGAGAAUGGGAAUGAAUGUUGCAGUUGAAGUUGAA